AGGAGGAUCAAGGUGGAUGGGGGAUCUCUCGUAUGUCUGCCGUUGCUCCCUCAGUCACGUGGGAACUCCUGGGAGGCAGCAAAUGCUGGGGACAGGGCCUGGGCCUCGGUGGGGGGUCUCUAAGCCUCCCUGGGUCCUUAGUGCACCAGUUCUGCUUCAGGACUCAGUUUCCCUAAAUGCCAGGGUUGAGCCACAUUGGAGAUUUUCAAAUGUUUAUGGCAACAGAAAUCUACACCCAGUUGAAACUCAAAGUGGUCAAAACAGAGGUGCUCUGUAGAGCUGGGGAAUGGAGACCCCAGUGACCAACAGGAGAGCCCCCGCCCAGUCCCACGAGACCUUAGCGCUCAGAGGAGUCCAGUGAGAACACUCCUCCAGGCAGGUUGCAUCUCUUGGGUUUGCAAAGAAAAGGGAUUUGCACUCAGACCCCUCACUUUAUCCCCCAAUUUAUCCUUCCUUCUUUCCACUCCCCUCAGGGAGAGCUCAGAAAAACUUAAGGAGCUCUGUAGCCAUGACAAGUCCUUGAGAAGAGAAUUGAUGACCAAGGAGGGGCCCUCCACGUUUGCCCCCCCGGAGAUCAUCCCCCAGAGAGUGCAGGAGAAGCAGCAGCAGCAGCAGCAGCAGCAGCAGCAGCAGCAGCAGCAGCAGGGUGUCGUCCCCUAUCUUGGCACUUUCCUCGGUGACCUGCUGAUGCUGCACCUGGCGAUGGGUGAUUAUCUCGAGGGGAAUGAGAUCAACCUUCAGAAAAGGACUGAGGUGAGCAGCUGUGGCACUCCCUGCAGGGGAGGGGAAGGAGGUGGAAAUCAGAGACCCUCUGGGCAGAACAGUCCCUGGCUCCACCCCCCUGUAUCUUAGAUUGAGAGGAAGAGUUUGAUAACAGAGAAAAGGGAGAGCCAUCCAAUUGGCGGGUGGGUUGAGGGGAGGAUGGCGUCAAGGAAAACUUCCUGGAGGAGGGGCUGAUUAUUCCCAUUCUGAGAACAGGUAGAGCCUGGAUGCGACUGGAGGGAAGGAGGGUUCCCAGGACUGGUCCCCUGCCCCACUUCUCACCCCCGACAAGGCCGCUGCAGCAUCC